CCUGUGGAGCUGUGUUGGCAAUCUGCGCGCGGAGAUUUGGGCACUCUUUGGGUGCCCAGAGCUAGGCGGAUGGCUCAGGAUUGGGCGGGUUUCUCUGAGGAAGAGCUGAGGAGACUAAAGCAGAAUAAAGAUCCAUUUGAACCUCAGCGCCGUCUCCCUGUGAAAAAAACUCGACAGCAGCUUCAGCGAGAAAAAGCCCUUCUAGAGCAGAGCCAAAAGCUGGGCCUUCAGGAUGGAUCGGCCUCGGUGCUCCCAGAGCAGCUGCUCUGUACACCCAAACAGAGAGCCAACAGUCAAAAGCCACGCCCUUCUUCCCCUGCUGCCCCCAAUCCCUGCACACUCCCCUCUUCCUCUGGCGAUGGAAAGCCACACGGUGUUGAAAGCCAGCCACAAGAACCAGGACUCGGGAAUUCCCACCAUGGUCACAGAAGUGCCGAGAUUCAAACUCCAAAGCCAGAUUGCAAAGUGGAGAAAAAGAAAAUGGAAUUGCAAGAGAAAUCUCGUUGGGAAGUCCUCCAACAAGAACAGCGACUGAUGGAAGAGAAAAAUAAACGUAAGAAAGCCCUUUUGGCUCAAGCCAUUGCGGAAAGAUCUAAGAGGACCCAAGCAGAGACCAUAAAACUAAAGAGGAUCCAGAAGGAGUUGCAGGCCUUAGACGACAUGGUGUCAGCUGACAUUGGAAUCCUCAGGAACAGAAUUGACCAGGCCAGCUUAGAGUAUUCCUAUGCACGGAAGCGCUUUGACAGGGCUGAGGCUGAGUACAUUACAGCAAAGCUGGAUUUACAGCGCAAAACCGAGACAAAAGAGCAGCUCACUGAGCACCUCUGCACCAUCAUCCAACAGAACGAGCUCCGCAAGGCCAAGAAGCUGGAGGAGCUGAUGCAGCAGCUGGACGUGCAGGCCGAUGAGGAGGCUUUGGAACUAGAGGUGGAGGUUGAACAGUUGCUUCGAGAACAGGAAGCAGAGGCAGCCAAACAAAUGGUUCCUGCAGAGAGGCUGUGUCAGCCGGAUGGUGAGAAUGUGUCUUCAGAACUGGUUGGGGAGAACAAAGAGCCUCAAAAGCAAGCUGCUUCACCCGAGACAGACAAGCCGGGCAAGUGUUGCAGUAGUUCUCCCCGUAGACUAGACUGCCCAGAUCCAGGGGCCAAGAACUUUUCAGCUGCUGUGGCCACAUGAGGAACCAGUGCUUUUUCAGUUAACGUAUUUCCGGGGUAAAUUUUAGGCUGUCUCUGAUAAAACUUCUUUAAACUUGUUUGUGUUUGAAUCAAUGCUUAGUGUUAGUUAGUAUGUUAACAUGUCAAAUCCUUCCAAAGUCACAAGUUGUGACUGGUUCAUAUCUAGGGACUGUUGACCCCUCAGUAUUCCUUCAAGCCUUGUUUCUGAGUUAGAGUAAGUGACUCCCGGGGCGGGACUGCUGGGGGCCCUGGGUUUGUCUUCCAACACUACAAAACAAGCACAGUGGUAGGAGAAAAACUACAUGGCUUCUCAGCCCUUGGCCAAAUUUAGCUUGUGAGAGAACAUUGAGACUGUAUGGCCUUCUAUGCAGUCAUUAAAAAGACAAAAGUUCUUAUAUACAGAGAGGAGUAGAGAAAAACAGGUAAAAAUUACCUAUCUGGAUGCUACUAGAGCCACUAGACAAAGCUUGGAAAUCCCAACUUAUGUAAGGAACCAGACAAGCUAAGCCAACAUUAUUUUCCCUUGAAUUUGUCAGUAAAUGGCUUCUUGUUUACACCUGAGUUUGGUUAGUUGAUACACAUCCAUAAACAAACUGUGUAUGUGUAGCUUUACUUUUACUGUACUUUGUUUUCCUUAAUCAAUGAAUUAACAGAUACAAUUUAGACAGUGAAAGUGUUUCUAAAGUGACUGUAAAAAUGGCAAGUCAUUGAUUAUCCAGCAGUGGUGUGUUCCCUCUGUAAAGCUCUGUAACGUGGGCAUUUAUAUGUCAGGUAUUGAUUCUGCUGUCAUAAAGCAUUGAAAUCGUUAAAGUACUCAUUUUCUAAGUGCUUUCAUAGUUUGUUAAUCACCUGUUCCUGAAAACUUGACUGGUGCAUUGUGCUAUAUUUGAAUGUGUAUAAAUAUUUUAGUUUUGCCACAAAUAUACAAAUAUUACCUUAAAUUAUGAUCAAUUUAUCAGAAAUUACAAAAAAUAAAAAAUAUGUUUCAUUCAUACAAAAGGAACUGUUAUUAAAGGAGCUAAUGAUAGCUGUUUCUGUAAUACAUUGUAGAAAAGCUAGGGACAUCCUAUUUUUGAAUUAUUGUCUAAGACAUUGUCUGGUAGUAAGUAUGCUUUGUAUUUUUCUAUGACCUGAGCUACAAGUGUAAUUUUCCAUCACUGACUUCUAAACACAAACAUUUAUUCGAUAGUGUUUUUAUUUAUGAAUGAGACACAUACAAAUUUAAAACUUCAUUGCCCAGUACAGUCUUAUUUUUCUAAGGAAUAAACAAGUCUGAUAUGUUUACA